AUCGCUUCUAGGUUGGAUCGCUAUUAGGUUGGAGGCCAUCACUUCUAGGGCGGAGGCCAUCGCUUCUAGGGUGGAGGCCGUGCUGAGAGCAAUGUCUUUCAAUAGUUAUUUGGCUCUUCCAACCUGUUUGUCAAGAGGUUAUCGAACGCGAUUGAGCCAUGAGCAGCCUUGCCAAAGCUAAAGCUUUCUGUGAUCAGUUUGCUUUAAGAUGUCCAGUGCUUAUGGCACCCAUGGCUGGUGCAUCACCAGUAGCGUUGGCUGCAGCUGUCACUGAUGGAGGUGGGAUGGCUGCUUGUGGUGUCCUCGGUAUGUCUCCUUCGGUCAUUGCUGAGUGGAGCAGCUCCUUCCGCGCACAGAGCGGUCCAACUGCUCCCUUGCAAUUAAACACUUGGAUCCCGGAUCCACCUGCGCUGCGUGACCCGCAGAAGGAACGGAAGAUGCGAGAUUUUCUGCAACGCUUUGGCCCAGAGGUACCGGAAGCUGCCGGGGAUGCGAAGGUGGUGGAUUUCGAGGCACAGGUGGCAGCCAUGAUUGAGGCCAAGCCCACAGUGAUCUCUUCGAUUAUGGGUCUCUAUCCUCAAGAAGUGGUGAGAAAAAUGAAGGAGCAGAAGAUCAAGUGGUUUGCCGUUGCAACCACGGUCUCGGAGGCCAUUGAAGCAGAGGCUGCUGGAGCUGAUGCCAUUGUCGCCCAAGGGAUGGAAGCAGGUGGACACCGGGGUGCCUUUCGUCCAGAAACAGCGAACGAUUUGAUCGGCUUGUUCGCUCUGUUGCCGCAGAUUGUCGAUGCCGUGAAGGUCCCGGUGAUCGCGACGGGUGGCAUCGCAGAUGCUCGGCAAGCGGCUGCUGCCUUCGUGUUGGGUGCGUCAGCAGUGCAGAUUGGAACAGGCCUCUUGCGUUGUCCGGAGGCUGGUAUAUCGCGAGUUUGGGCUGAUGCUUUGGGACAAAGCCGACCUGAAGAUACAGCGGCCACUCGCGCCUUUUCAGGACGACUAGGCCGAAGUAUGAAAACUGCGUACGUGCUGGCUUGUCAGCAAGAAGAGGCGCCAGAGCCUGCUCCUUACCCUGUGCAACGUGGACUCACCACACCGAUGAGAACUCAAGCGGCAAAGACGGAGAAGCUUGAUGGUAUGAUGGCAUGGGCCGGACAAUCUGCAGGGCUUGCUUCCGAGAAGUCAGCUCGACAGCUUGUCGCGGAUGUUUGGAUUGGAGCCAUGCAGAUGCUUGAUCCCACUAGUCCCUUGAGCAAGCACUAGGGACAGAACAAGCAGUUUGAAAGAGGUUUCAUGACUUUGUUUCCGAUAUUUUAGCAGCUCCCAAAGUGUGAGCUGAGACAGUAGGCAGUGCGCGACUUCGGCAUGUUGAGCGAUUGCGCCACGAGACAUGAAGAACCACAUUCAAGGCAGCAAGACAGCAAGUCAUGAAUGCAACACUCCUCUAGGCUUGGCGUCUUGCAAUUUGCAAUGGCAUGAGUUGCAGCCUAUUUGCUUAAGCUUGGGUAUCAGAACUGAGAGAACAACGAC